CAUCCUACAUACAUACAUACAUACAUUCAUAUGUACAUAAUCACCAUUAAUGACUCGUGUAUUGCACGCAUUGGCUCGCGCCACUUUGGCCAGCAACUGGGCAAAAGUCACGAAAAAAAAAACAUUAACAAUUAAUUUUCGAAUGAAUACACCAUUAAAACAUUUAUUUGAAAUUUCUCAAACUUUCCCACACUCAAAUUCAGCUGUCGCAGGGUGCUUAGCACACUGCAGCAUUAGCAAGAACACAAACACACAGCAACAAACAAUUAUGCCAUUAUCCUGAAGUAACGACAACAAAAAAAUAACAUAGAAAAAAUCAUUAACAAUCUUCACUCGCGCACAUUGCGUAGGAGGAGCGCAUAAAUGCAGCUGUAAAAAAUGCAGCAGCAACAACAUGGCAAUCCAAUAAAUCGUAAAAGCAAACAUAACGCACGAAAAGCCCUAUAGAUCCUCACUAUUUAUGUACAUAUAUACAUACAUAUGAAUGUACAUGUGUAUGUAUGCAUUCUUAUUUGCUGGCGAAGCAAUGGAUCAAAAUACCAAAGCGUAAAAUAGCAGCAGCUGCAAAAUUUCAGAUCCUUAAAAAGGAGCAUGUGGCCAGCAUUAUAACAGCAAUGCUAGCAACAACAACGAACACAUGCCGAACGGAAAGUGCUGUGUGAGAAACUCACUUUCGACUUGGUUCCCACGCCACGAGCCAUAAGGCAGGUUUUCUUUUUCGUUUGUUUUUUUGCUCUUCAACAACGUAUUUUUUGUACGUCUCUUUGCAGCCAAGUGUCCUCGUUGUCAUUCAUUGCGGAGCAAUAUGUGCACACAUAAAUACUUGCUUAUUAAUAUGCGCUUACGUAUGUAUGUAUGUACAUACGUAAAUACGUACUUGGCUGUUAAUUCACUUUACACUCCAUCGCAUGAGGGUUGUUUGCUUGCUCUUUGCCAUAUCGAUUGACUUUAGAAGCGCAAAAAUAAAUGAGAGCCACGCACUUUGUAUCCUUGCUGCUAAGGGUUGAUCGCGCUCUCGAGUAUAAAAGCAAGCGCUCGGCAAGGAUAUGAUAACAUUUUCGUCCUAACCAACGAAACGUUAACAACCAGAAGCGAUAUAAAAUGGCACAACAAAGUAAAACUGAAAUUUAUUUGAAAGUGAAGAAACCACUAUUGGAGCGUCAACGACGUGCGCGUAUCAAUGACUGUCUGGAGUCGUUGAAGAAACUCGUAGCCGAAUUACAAGCGGAUGAUGCUGUUUUACGCAUGGACAAAGCAGAGCUGCUCGAACAAACGCUUGUUUUUGUGCGACAACAAUGCACGCGCGGUAGCAGUAAGGCACAAAAAAGCGCAAACGUAUCGAUGGAUGCAUUCCGUUAUGGUUACAUGAAUGCAGUAAACGAAGUGUCUCGUGCGAUGGCAUCAACACCUGGCAUGAGCAUAGAAUUGGGCAAAUCAGUAAUGACACAUUUGGGCCGGAACUAUAAUCGUCUAGAACAGCAGCAGACGCAGCAGGGGCUGCAACAACAACAACAGCGCCAACUAUACAUAGCUCAACCGCAGCAACAAGUGGUGCAUCAGCCGCUGAAAACCAUACACAUGCAGGCGCUAAGCAUUGAGUGUGCACCAUUGAGUCCAGCUUCUUCCGGCUAUCACAGUGACGGCGAGAGUCCAGCUGCCUCACCUGUUGCAGCAUCAACUCCGCAUACCGCCAGCCUUAAUAUAUGGCGGCCCUGGUAAAUGCCAGCAGAGACGCCGCUGUGCCAAUAAGUAGAUGGAGAGCACAACAGAGAGACUAUGGUUCCUGCCACCAGCUGUGAUACUAAGCUGUGAUGUUUUAUU